UGGCGCAACCCGCACCGCGGGGGCCGGCGCGGCCGCAGUGGACCACCCCUCCUGCCCCUCUCCCCAGGAUGAGGACACCCGGCCUAAAGAGCAAGCGUGUAGCUUGAUUGAGGUCCCGCACCUCUUGAAUAAGUGGACUCAAGGGCUCCGGACACCUUGGUCAUUGUUCUCUCUACCACACCAGGAGUGCAGUGCCAGUUUAAUCCACUCGGUAUAGAGACUGUCUUGUCAGAGAGCCACAAUGGACACAGCUAGCCAUAGCCUUGUCCUUCUGCAGCAGCUGAACAUGCAACGAGAAUUUGGUUUUCUGUGUGAUUGCACAGUUGCUAUUGGAGAUGUUUACUUCAAAGCCCACAGAGCAGUGCUUGCUGCUUUUUCUAAUUAUUUCAAGAUGAUAUUUAUUCACCAAACAAGUGAAUGCAUAAAAAUACAACCAACUGACAUCCAGCCUGACAUAUUCAGCUAUUUGUUGCACAUUAUGUACACGGGGAAAGGACCAAAACAGAUUGUGGAUCAUAGUCGUUUGGAGGAAGGGAUUCGCUUUCUUCAUGCCGACUACCUUUCUCACAUUGCAACUGAAAUGAAUCAAGUGUUCUCACCAGAGACGGUGCAGUCCUCAAAUUUGUACGGCAUCCAAAUCUCAACAGCCCAAAAGACAGCCGUCAAACAGGGGCUAGAGGUCAAAGAAACUCCUUCCAGUAACAGUGGAAGCAGAGCUGCUGUCCAGGGUGACCACCCCCAGUUGCAGCUUUCUCUUGCUAUUGGGCUGGAUGAUGGCACUGACCAGCAGAAGGUCCAUCCUGCAGCCCAGGCCUUGGAGGAACACCAGAAGCCUCCAGUGUCCAUCAAGCAGGAGAGAUGUGACCCAGAAUCUGUGAUCUCCCAGAGCCACUCCUCAUCCUCAUCCGAGAUGACAGGCCCCACUUUCACCGAAAGUAGCAUCAAAAUUCACUUAUGCCAUUACUGUGGAGAACGUUUUGAUUCUCGUGGUAACCUAAGACAACAUCUCCACACCCAUGUAUCUGGAUCCCUCCCAUUUGGUGUCCCUGCUUCUAUUCUGGAAAGUAAUGACCUUGGUGAAGUGCACCCACUUAAUGAAAACAACGAAGCUCUUGAAUGCCGCAGGCUCAGCUCCUUCAUUGUUAAGGAAAAUGAGCAACAGCCUGACCACUCAAACCGGGGUGCCACAGAGCCUUUGCAGAUCAGUCAAGUGUCCUUGAUCUCCAAAGACACAGAGCCAGUAGAAUUAAACUGUAAUUUUUCUUUUUCAAGGAAAAGAAAAAUCAGUUGUACCAUCUGUGGUCAUAAAUUUCUUCGAAAGAGUCAAUUGCUGGAACACAUGUAUACACACAAAGGUAAAUCUUACAGAUAUAACCGAUGCCAAAGGUUUGGUAACGCAUUAACCCAGAGGUUUCAGCCAUAUUGUGAAAGCUGGUCUGAUGUCCCCCUGAAAAGUUCUCGCUUGUCGCAAGAACAAUUAGACUCAUCUUGUGCCUUAGAGUCAGAGCUCACACAAGAAAACGUGGACACUAUCCUAGUUGAGUAGCAGUUUCUUCAGAAAUACCAAUUCUGAUAGAAUUCACAUGCAUUUUUUAUUCAUAAAUUA